AUGUUACCAGCUCAUCAACGACGCACUGGGCGAAUUAAUAGUCUCUAUGAAUUCCAACAACGUGCCGCUCUUUACAAUGGUGACAAUGAGAUUGAGAUUGAUGAUGAAAAGAUUCCAAUCUCUGCACUACUAAAAGACGAGUAUCAUGUCGCAGACGCUUACAUUGGCAUUGCCCCUGAUCGACGUGGCAGUGACGGGUCGGACUUUAUCGAAUCGUUUCGGAAAUAUGGAUUACGAAGAUCAAUCUCAGGUGCAUCUCUCUUUGGAGGUGAAAGAAGUCGAGCUUUGAAUACAUGCUUGUACUAUCGUCGACAAUUGAAAGCCGUGUGCUUUUUGAUCCUUUUGGGUGUCAUUGGUGGACCAAUGAACUUUGGAAUUCGAAUAUUGUACAAUCAUCUUCUAAAAUUAAGAGAAUAUCUCGCUGGCUUGGCCCCUACCUAUGCAUUGAAACUCGCUGUUUGGAUAGCCCACACUGUGAUUUUCUCAGGACUGGGACUGUUCUUCACUCAACUAGCUCCGGUUGCUGCUGGGUCUGGAGUCUCCCAGAUGAAAUCGAUCCUUACAGGGAUCGACCCACGAAUGUAUUUCCCUGGCUACUUUGACUUUUCCACAUUUCUCGCCAAGGUAGCUGGCUUGGUGUGCUCCGUUGGCGCCGGUCUCAUUGUAGGUACAGAAGGAGCUUACGUUCACAUCAUGUCCAUCGUCACGCACCACUUGCUCAAAUCACCGCUGUUUAAGGGAUUUAGUGUGCAUCUUAACGGCCGACUUCAGCUUCUGGGUGCUGCAUGUGCUGUCGGCGUAUCGUCGGUCUUUUCGUCGCCUAUUGGUGGUGUGCUUUUCUCCUUGGAAGUAACAUCGACGUACUACCUCACGUCAAACUACAUUAAGGCCUUCAUUAGUGCCGUUUCUGGAGCAGUGAUGCUACGUUUGACGCUGGUGUUGGCUAAUAGUGAAUCUAAUCUUGCGACACAGGCAGUGUUGAGAACUCAGUUUCCUCCCAGUCCGUUCAAUAUCUGUGAAAUUCCUCUGUACAUCCUUCUGGGCGCUGUACUUGGACUGAUUUGCACGGCAAUGAUGUGGUUCUUGCGCAAGAUUGCUGAGUACAGGAAGGCUUGUCGAGAAUCGUCGCAGAGGUGGAAAAAAAUACUAGUCACGUGGAUCGACCCACUUGUUGUGUCAAUAUUGACGGCUGUUUUGACUUUUGUGCCUGGAGAAUAUGCCCAACAUAACUCGAUGAACGACCUCGCCAUUUUGUUUACAGAAGGAGAUCUACCAGCAGCGUGGCAGGUGCGGUCCAAGUACUAUGCGCUUUCGGUUCUGUCGUCUGUUUUCAUUUUCUUGCUUCCGCUGUGCAUCACUUUGAAGAUUCCCACUGGAAUUUGGGUGCCAACGUUUAUUGCUGGCGCUGCAUUUGGCCGCAUGUUUGGAGAGAUCGUUGCGACUCUGUUUCCAAAUCUAGAUGUCAUUCCUGCUACGUACGCGCUGGCUGGAGCAGCUGCAUUUGGGACUGCUGCGACACGGGCAAUUUCUGUGGCGGUUAUUACGCUGGAGAUUACCGCAGCAAUGUCAAUGACUCUUCCGCUGUUUUGUGCAUCACUGGCGGCAGUAGCAGUCUCAAAUUUGUGUAAGGAAAAAUCCGUUUACGACACACUGCUGAUCGUAAGCGGUAUACCAUUCCUACCUCUCAUCGACUUCGAACCGACUAUGGCAGCUGGUGACGUCGUGGAACCGUGCUUGGUUUACAUACAAAAACGCACAACAAUCGCUCGCAUUUUGCUUGCGCUCCAGCGUUUGCCGCAUCACGAGAUCCCGGUCGUCAAAGACGAAACGACAAUGAUUUUGCUGGGCGUGGUGAGUGGCUCGCAAUUGCGGAGGUUUGUCAGGAAACACUACGAGGCAAAUAAUCUCGACGGGGUUGAUGAAGAUCUCGGUGAAAAGCCCCAGAAUAAUACGUCUUUACUAUCAUGGGCCACAUUGAAGGACAAACUCACGCAACAUACUCCGUCCGAUAACACUGGCGGCUUUCACGGUAUCGGUUCUGUCGAUAUCACUUACAGCGCGUUGUCGUCCCAACGACCCCACGUGAUCGGAGAUGGAGCUCAACUUCCAUUCGUUCUGGACGAUUCAAAAAUGCUGGGGCUGCUGAACGAAGGUUGGGACAGCGUCAAAGUCGAAAAGCUCAAUACCGCUGUGAAAAUCACCGAGGGACGCAUCUGCAUUAUUCGUCCUAUGGCGAUGACCAUCUCCAGUAAUACGCCUUUGGAUGAUCUUCACAUGAUCUUUACAAUGCUUCGUUGUGAUCACUGCUUUGUGUGCGACCACGGAGCUCUGGAAGGUGUCGUCACUACCAAAGGACUAUUACGUUCUGGGAAGCUUGAUGAUUCUGCAUAG